GGAGGACAAUCCCAAAAGAACCCAGCAUCACCUCCACCACAGAAGAAGACUUUUCAUCCACAGGCACCUUAACAUCAGUGAAAUCAUGAAUUUGGUGCUGACCGAUCAGCAGGUGGCUGUUGGAGAAGUAGUGGAAGUGAAAGGAAAAAUCCCUGCUGAUGCCAAAAAAUUUGCAAUAAGCCUUGGUUCUGAUAUUUCGAAUAUAGCAUUGGAAGUUGCAUUUUAUUGGAAUGAUCCCAAAGUAGGCACUAUGGUUUUGUUCACCUCAACCGUGGACCCAGUUGGGACAAGAAUUCCAAACCCCUUGGCCCAGACCUCAGAUGUCAUGAUUUCUAUAAUCCUGAAAGACAAGAAGAGUUUCACAGUAUCAUUUUUAGAUAAGGUAAUCCCAAUCAUCAACAAUCAGAACAUGGUCAUCCAGUACAUCAACGUCAUGGGUGACUUUGCGCUGAAGUCCCUCAAAGUGUGACAGAAGAAUCCAGAAUCUGAAUACAGCAUUAGGAGUGGAUCAUUUAAUGUUCCUAUGAAAUGUAUCAUGUAUCUUUCAUGGCUAUUGGAAUUUUCUUGUUUUAAUUGGUAAAAAAAAGGCAUGAGCUGUAAUUUCAAGUAAAAAAAAUAAAUACAUUGUAACCUUU